AUGUUGCAGCGUUUGUUCACAGUGUGCGGCCUGCAGCGUUUGCACCUGGAGGUGUUAUAUUUCACUGUGUACAUUCCGCGGUAUACUAUAUCUCUGUGUGCACGUGUUGGUGUUAUAUUUAACUGUGUACGCUCCACAUUUCCUAUAGCUUUGUAUGCGCUUAGCUGUUAUAUUUUGCUAUUUGUCGGUGUGCGUCCUGCAGCGUUUGUUCACAGUCUGCGUCCUGCAGCGUUUACACAGUGUGCGGCCUGCAGCGUUUGUUCACACUGUGCGGCCUGCAGCGUUUGUUCACUGUGUGCGGCCUGCAGCGUUUGUUCACUGUGUGCGGCCUGCAGCGUUUGUUCACUGUGUUCCUGUGGCCUGCUUUGUUUCCUUUUAAUGACUGUGUGUGGCCUACAGCGUUUGUUCACCAUGUGCGGCCUGUUUCCUUUUACUGUGUUCGGCCUGCAGCGGUUCCUUUUACUGUGUGCGGCCUGCAGCGUUUAUUCGCUGUGUGCGGCCUGCAGCGUUUAUUCGCUGUGUGCGGCCUGCAGCGUUUAUUCGCUGUGUGCGGCCUGCAGCGUUUAUUCGCUGUGUGCGGCCUGCAGCGUUUAUUCGCUGUGUGCGGCCUGCAGCGUUUACUCGCUGUGUGCGGCCUGCAGCGUUUACUCGCUGUGUGCGGCCUGCAGCGUUUACUCGCUGUGUGCGGCCUGCAGCGUUUACUCGCUGUGUGCGGCCUGCAGCGUUUACUCGCUGUGUUCCUGUGGCCUGCUUUGUUUCCUUUUAAUGACACUGUGCGGCCUACGGCAUUUACUCGCUGUGUUCCUGUGGCCUGCUUUGUUUCCUUUUAAUGACACUGUGCGGCCUACGGCAUUUGUUCACCAUGUGCGGCCUGUUUCCUUUUACUGUGUUCGGCCUGCAGCGUUUAUUCGCUGUGUGCGGCCUGCAGCGUUUAUUCGCUGUGUGCGGCCUGCAGCGUUUAUUCGCUGUGUGCGGCCUGCAGAGUUUAUUCGCUGUGUGCGGCCUGCAGCGUUUAUUCGCUGUGUGCGGCCUGCAGCGUUUAUUCGCUGUGUGCGGCCUGCAGCGUUUACUCGCUGUGUUCCUGUGGCCUGCUUUGUUUCCUUUUAA